AUGAACUUUCCUUCAGUUCUUGCAAUAUUUUUAAGUUUCUUUUGUCUAACUUUUGCCCAAUUGAAUUUAGGAGACAAUAACAUAGAGAACGAAGAGUCAAGCAAAGAGAAAUUUAAUGAUUUAACUGUUGAUUGUUCAGGCGUGGAUGAUUUUACUUUAUUACCAAGUCCAAAUCUCUGCACUGAAUAUUAUCAAUGCAUUGGUGAGGUAGCUUGGAGAAUAGUAUGCCCUAGAGGAUAUUACUUUAGCAUAGACGUGUCCCGUUGUCUUCCCGUAAGCCAAGCAAUUUGUUACAUUUAUCAAACAACGACUCCACCAGGAGGUGGAAGUUGUGACGGUGUUGAAAAUUUUGACUUGAUUCCAAGUCCAAAUUAUUGUACCGAAUACUAUCAAUGCAUAGAUGGAGUAGCGUGGAGAAUGGUCUGUCCAAGAGGAUUUUAUUUCAGCAUUGAUAUUUUUGAAUGUCUUCCAGCUAGUCAGGCAGUCUGCUUUAUCCCAUCACCAUCAGAAAGUCAAACAACAGUGUCAGAUCGAUCGAAUCCAUCUUGUGACGGUGUAAAUAAUUUUGCUUACAUAGCAAGUUCUACAGCAUGUAAUGAAUAUUAUCAAUGCAUUGAUGGGAAUGCCUUUCGUUUAUGGUGCCCACUCAAUCAAUAUUUCGACAAAUAUCGUCAAAUAUGUGAUGAUCGGGACAAUGUGAAUUGUGAUUUGUCAAUUACUUCGCCAAUACCAACACCACGUCCACCACCCCGUUCAUGCCAUGAUGUAGCAGAUUCUACGUUACUUCGCAGUUUUUUCAAUUGUGCAGAGUACUACAUGUGUGUAAAUGGAGAAGCAUUUCGUCUACAAUGUCUACCAGGAAUGUAUUUCGAUGAGAGAAUACAAGCAUGCAACUAUAUUUUCUUAGUUGAAUGCGAUUUAAAAUUACCAGAUCCAACAACCACAACUUCAAUUACACCUCCAGACUCUAUCGAUUGCGAUGGCCUUCCAGAUUUUUGGAUGAUUGAACAUCCAACAGAUUGUGCUUUAUUUUUUCAGUGUGUUCAAGGAAGAUCGUCACUUUUGUCUUGUCCUAUUGGUAGAUAUUUCGAUCAGAUGAUUCAAUCAUGUGCUGAUUCAAAUCUUGUUGAUUGUGGUAUCAGAGAAAGACGAACAACAUCUACUACAAGACUAACCAUACCAACAGUUCCAACUAUCCCAACGGUUCCAACCAUCGAUCCUAUUAACAUUUGCGAUGAUGUCCCAAACGAAAGCUACGUUGGAAGUCUCACAUUUUGUGAGGUUUACUACUUCUGUUUCAAUGGCUUUCCAACUCCAAACACAUGCGCACCUGGUUUUUGGUUUGAUCGCCAAUCGCUUGUUUGUGCUCCGGCAGAUGAAGUUGAUUGUACACUUCAGACGAUUCCCACCACAACAGAACAAACCACAACAAUCGAUAGCUCUCCUGAAGGCUUAUGUCGAAGUGCUAGAAAUUCAACAUUUGUUAGAAAUUUGAAGGCAUGUGGUGAAUUCUUCCAAUGCAUUAAUCUACAUCCACAAGAACGCAUUUGUCAAGAAGGUCUUUGGUGCGCCCCCACAUAUGAAACUUGGUGUGAAUUAGAUCCAAUCAUUUGUGAAGGAAUUGAAGAUGGCCGAUCAAUUCGUGCGCCAAGAUCAUGUAGCGAGUAUGUUACGUGUAUUAGAGGAAUUCCAUUUGCGGAACGUUGUUUCGGCGAUUUCUUUUUCAAUGAAGAAAUUGAAGAUUGUGAGCCACGAGAAAAUGUUGAAUGUGAUUUGAAUAUUCCAGUGAUACCUCCUACGAGACCUUGUGAUGGAAUUCCUGAUUUUAUGCUCUCAAAAAGUAUUGAAAGUUGCACAACAUACUUCUUAUGCUAUAAUAACGACAUACUUAUGACUCUUGAGUGUCCCGAAGGUCAAAACUUUGAUGCGCGAACACAAGUUUGUGGUGAAGAAUUUGAAUGUAACAUUAACUAA